UAAUAUAUUACGAUGGACGACGUAUAUAAAUUGUACAAUAAUAAUGCAUCGUCAAAGGUGCACAUAAAAGAAUAUUUCGAUAAUUAUCGAAAUCUGAUAGCGUCUUCUGAAUCUUUUAUACCCAUGAAAAAAGAAAACUCUAAUUUUUUGACACUAAUGGGAGUACAACUCGGAGAAGACGAGAUAUCUAUGUUAACACAUUAUUGCAGUAUUGACAGUUUAACAGUGGAAGGAGAAGCUCCAAAAAUACCUAACAACAGAAAAAUGAGAAAGAAAGACACGUUUGAUCCUCAGGAACCAGAGGAUGUAGAUUUACAGACUGUUAAAAAUUUAAAACAAAGAUUAAAACAGGAGACUAAACGACCUAGUUAUAAAUAUCAAAGUGAAUUAUUCAUAAAUGAUGAUAGAAAAGUAGAACCAAUUGAGGAAUGGGCUAUUCCUGGUCAAGAUAUUCUUGUUUAUGUCAGAAUUUAUCAUCCUUUUGCACAGCGUCCAAAGAAUGGACCAAAGAAAGAAUGUGGUUCAUUGCUUAGGCUAAAUAAUGUUCUAGCUAUAUUGGGUUCUCAAACACUUGCCCAUUUGAGAGACAAAAUAUCAUGUAUUGCUGAUCACAGUAUUUCUAAGGAAUGUAGUAACAAUUUGGAUAAUGCAAUAGGACCAAUGGCAAAAGAUGUUUAUAAAUCCGGAUUCUUUUUUAUUGAAGAUACUUUUUAUAAUGAUACCAGAUGUUCAACAAAUUUUGAUUACAGUAAAGUGAUUAUUGAUUGGGCACAGAGAAGGCCAAAAUUAGGACCUUUUAAAACUGCUCCAAUGGAAGAAUGCAGAAUAGAUUCUUUGAAUUUAAGAUUUGGUUUUCCAUGGGUAUAUAAACAUCAAGGUGGUUGUGAACACUUGGUUGUAUUUAGUAAUGCUAGGUUCGUCAAUUGUGACGAUGAGUUAGUUGAAUCUGCAUAUCCGAAAAUAGUCAGAAUAAGACCCACGGGUACUAAAUUUUGCAUGAUAUGUGGCGUAUAUACCGCUGACUGGAUUACGAUAGAACACGAGAGAAUACCGCAUAAUCCUUGUUAUUUUUGCCAUACUUGUUUUAUGUCUUACAAUUAUAUCGAUGGCAGAAAGAUCGGAAAUUUCGACGCGUACUCGUAUCCACGCAAUACUGCAGCCGUGGCAGGAAAAAUAGAUAUAUGAUUCUUUUGUAUAAAAAAGUAAAUUAUUUUAUUAAUGAUG